AUGGAUUUCGUCUGGCCUGCGGCAAAGUACGCUUGGCAGGCUGGGCUGGCAUGCGUGCGGGGCGGCAACCUGCAGCGCUGCCCGUCAGUAACCAUCCGGGCUGCUGAAGCAUCGGACCAGCCUGCACCCUCGUAUUUCUGGAUCGUGGUGCUGGUGAACGAGCUGCUGUUCAUGGGUCUGGUGCUGUGGUACCUGUGCGGCUCGUGGGGAGCUACCGUCCUAGCCUUGGCGCCGACUGAUCACGCUUUACCCUUCGUAGUGCUGAUUUGCACCGUCGACGCGGACAUCCACGAGGACAACUAUUCUUGCGAAGGCUGGCAUUUCGAUGGGAAGUUCAUGAUCAUCGGCUUGAACCCUGCGCCGCGGUGGAAGUUGAGGCUGGUUUUUCCGGAGUUGCGACGGAGAGGCGAGGGGGGCAAAGAGAAGGAGAAGGAGCUAGACUGGGUGGCCCCUAUCGAGUCCGAGGUGGAGGAGAGGAACGAGGCAGCCGAGUCGCUGGACCUUGCGUCUCGAGCUCGCCGACGGCGGGCGAAGUUCUCGCCGGGCGCCCGCUGGCAAGGGGCGAGCCAGCGGUCUGUCCUGGAGCUGCGCGCCGCGGGGAGUCCGACGGCCCUGGACUACCAGGCGCGCCUGGAGGAGGCGCUGCUGGAGCAUUUCAACCAGUUCUACUUUGACGGGCACGACGUGCCCGACGGGGCGAAGCUGGCGGCGGCUGCGGCCCACUUCAGAUUGGACCUGCCGCCGAAGCUGGGCAACCUCCCCCGCGCGCAGAGGGCGCUGAGCGCUGGCGCCGCCGAGGGCGCGACUGCCCCUGCCCUGGCCGGCGGCGGCGUGGAUGGCCAGUUGGCGCGACCCAAGACCAGGGACUACGACGUCAGCCUGCUGCUGGACAACCCCGAGUUCAGCUGGGUGGAUCGCGCCCUGGGCCACCUGGUGAACGGCCGCAACGCCGAGCAGCCUCUGCCCAUGCUGGACAUGCGGGGAUGGACUCGCGCAUUCCAUCAGGCCGUGAUCGCCCUGCAGCUGGAGGCGCUGGGCCCCCCCGUGCUCCGCCAGCUGCGCCGUGGAGGGGUCGGCCACGAGACGCUGGCCAACGCUCGGGAGAUCGGCGACAUCGAGAAGCGGGGCCGCUGGGAGGCGCGUAGCCGCGCCCGGGUCUGUGCCCCCCCGUUCCCCGCUGUCCCGCGGGGCCGUUCGAUGGCCCUGGAGUUCGACGUGGCGGAGUGGCAGCGCGAGUUGCUGGAUGCCGAGAGGCGGGCAGACGCCGCGGGCGACGCCAGCGCCGUGGAGGAGCUGCAGAGCGCAUGGUUCUGGCGCGCCGCGCCGCCUCCUCCGACGGCGAGCGCGACGACGACCGGAC